CCGGGCCCUCCCGGAGGCGGCGGCGGCAGCGGCAGCAGCAGCAGCAGCAGCAGCAGCCGCCGCCACCUCCACCGCAACCCGGCCCUGCUCUCCCGGCCCCGCCGCUGCUGCAGUCAUGGCUGCUGACGGCGUGGACGAACGCUCGCCACUGCUGUCAGCAUCCCACUCCGGGAAUGUCACUCCCACGGCCCCACCGUACUUGCAAGAAAGCAGCCCCAGAGCGGAACUCCCACCUCCGUAUACAGCCAUCGCAAGUCCAGAUGCCAGUGGUAUUCCUGUAAUAAACUGCCGUGUGUGCCAAUCUCUAAUCAAUCUGGAUGGCAAACUUCACCAGCAUGUGGUUAAGUGCACCGUUUGCAAUGAAGCUACGCCAAUCAAAAGCCCACCAACAGGGAAGAAAUAUGUGCGAUGCCCUUGUAAUUGUCUCCUCAUUUGUAAGGACACAUCCCGGCGAAUAGGGUGUCCGAGACCCAACUGCAGACGCAUAAUCACCCUUGGCCCAGUAAUGCUUAUUUCUGAAGAACCGCCUGCGCAACCUGCAUUGCCCAUCCAACCAGAAGGUACAAGGGUUGUGUGUGGCCAUUGUGGAUACACAUUUCUGUGGAUGGAGCUGAGGUUCAACACUCUGGCAAAAUGCCCACACUGCAAAAAAAUCUCCUCGGUGGGGAGUGCACUACCAAGAAGACGCUGCUGUGCAUACAUUACCAUUGGGAUGAUAUGCAUUUUCAUUGGCGUUGGACUAACUGUUGGUACCCAAGACUUUUCAAGGCGAUUUCAUGCAACCUAUGUUUCUUGGGCAAUUGCUUAUCUUUUAGGUCUGAUCUGCCUUAUCCGAGCUUGUUACUGGGGAGUCAUAAGAGUCAGCUACCCAGAGCACAGUUUUGCAUAAGCUUGCUUAUGAUUCAGCGAUAACAGGUCAGAGUGUCUAGUAAUUCUUGGCAAGCUACUCUGAAUAUCUUAUAUCAUUUAUCUUAAUGGAUUCCAUUCUGAUUUAUGUGUGAUAAUUUCAAGACUUGGAGAGUCUUAUGAACAAAUGCUCAUUGCACUACAUUAUAUGCAAAUAGAUUGUUUUGCUGCUAGAUUUUCAAACUUGGAAAUAUAAAGCUGUGUUUUUAUGUUCUUUCAAACCUCUUGAAGGUAUUUUCAGAUUUACCACCAACCACUGAAUAGUCUCAUGUUUUCAUUAUUGUUCAGUUGUUCUAUUACUUGUCGAUUGGUGAGUAUUCCCAAGAAUUGUUAAUACAUGUUUCUACAACAGUUUCACAUUUAUACUUACAUUUCAAUUAAAAAUGAUCAAAAUUGCUUGCUUCAAAAUCUAAACAAUGUGAGAUUUUGCUUGAACUGCUUUACAGUAACUUUAACCUAAGAUCAUAGUGCCCUUAUUUAGGAAAAAAUCGGGGUAUACCUUCAAAGAUUUAACAACUUUGUCAAAGAAAAACAUUUCUAGAUACUGUAUGCUUGUUUUCUGUUGUUUGUAGAAAGAUGCAAUAUUUUGGUAGUAAUUUAAAAUAUUGGAUUGAAAAAUAUUUAUUUGUUCACAGUUGGAGAUGUUGGAUAACUGUCCUUCCUCAAAGAUCACAGGACUU